UUCACGUGUCCCCGCACCAUGAAGGGACCACCCGCCCUGGCUGCAGCCGUCUGCUUCACGUGUCCCCGCACCAUGAAGGGACCACCCGCCCUGGCUGCAGCCGUCUGCUUCACGUGUCCCCGCACCAUGAAGGGACCACCCGCCCUGGCUGCAGCCGUCUGCUUCACGUGUCCCCGCACCAUGAAGGGACCACCCGCCCUGGCUGCAGCCGUCUGCUUCACGUGUCCCCGCACCAUGAAGGGACCACCCGCCCUGGCUGCAGCCGUCUGCUUCACGUGUCCCCGCACCAUGAAGGGACUACCCGCCCUGCUGCUGCUGCUGUGCUGCACGGCUCUGCUCUGCAGCGCUGCUCCAGCUGUGGGGCCGGUGACCUGCCGCGAGGAUGGAGGUGCUGCGGCGGCACGGAUGGCUGCACAUCACAUCGACGAGAACCACGACCAUGGCUACAAGUUCAAGCUGAGUGAGAUCAAAGGCAGCAAAGUGGAACAGGUCCAUGGCGGCUGUAAAAUCCAGCUGCAGUUGGACCUGAUGGAGACAACGUGCCACAACAUCAACCCGAUGCACUUUGAGGACUGUGUGAUCCGCGAUGUGACGGACUGGGAGGUGAUGGCUAACUGCUCCGUUAGCAUGAGUGUGAGAAGUGGUGACGCCAGAGUCACAAAUUACCAUUGUGACACGCGAAAAGUGUUAACACACCGUGAGAUGGCGGGCAUCUGCCCUGACUGCUCCCAUCUGAUCUCACUUCAUGACCCUGAUGGUAUGAAGUCCGUAAAAGAAGCUGUGCAGAUAGUCAACGGGAACACCAACAACCAGAACUACUUCAUCCUGAAGGACGUGGGACGGAUUGUAAUUGGGUCGAUACUGGGGAGUAACUUGUUCUACGCGGCUGCGAUUGCCCUCGUGGAGUCCCAUUGCCCAAUGGGAUCCAGCAUCCUUCCUGAGGUCUGCAGACCCCUCUGCCCUGAUCGAGCUCGCCAUGCUUUCUGCCAUUCAACUUACUUAAUAUCCAAGGGACUCGAUUCUGUUCAGUGCGAUUACUACCCUCCAAAGAACUCUACUGCCCUCGGCGAUGGUGAGCAGGAGCCCAUAUGUAGCCCCGGAGAUGCUGUGAGGCUUCCUCCCCCCCCUGCUGUUUGUUAUUGUCGCCGUCCUCAAGAAGAAAGGCCACUCCACUCAUUCCACUGCCAAGGAUCGGAUGCAGAGAUCCACCCCAUUUGCCCCUGGCCCCGUCCAAAGGAAAAAUGUAUUUGUUACCGACUUUAAGACUUGUAAAACAGUCUGUAAUGUAAUAUGUGGGAAAUUAGAAAGUCUUUAAACAUAUUACAAAAUAAUGUCCAAUAAACAAUCAUGGUUUCAA